AUGAGCAAGUUGACUGAGGAAGAAACCAUCCCACACAAGACCGAUGUUGGCGCCCUUGCCAACAGAAUCAACCUGGAGACCAGAGCCCUUCACAACAAAAUCGACAAGCUUGUCACCUUGAAGUUCGCUUUGGCCCUUAGAGACUACAAGAUCUACAGACAGGGUUUGCAGAGUUUCUACCACGUUUUCGCCACCGUCGAGAGUCAGCUCCACGCCCAGUUGGAGAAGGGCGACGAGUGGAGCGAGAUGUUGCAGAAGGUGUGGAAGCCUGUCAUUGCCAGAAGCGCUCCAGCUCAGCAGGACUUGUUGUUCUACUACAACGACCGCAAGGAGAAGUUCAUGAGCCCCAUCAUGCCUGCCCAGAUCGAGUUUGUCGAGCACAUCCGCGAGGUGACGCUGGAGAAGCCAUGGAUCUUGUUUGCAUACUUGCACGUUAUGUACUUGGCUCUUUUCGCCGGAGGCAGAGUGAUGAGACUGUCGAUUCUGAGAGCCACGGGACUUUUCCCACAGAAGGACGGCUUGAAGCACGAUGACAUUGUCAAGCUCGGCACGAACUUCUUCCAGUUUGACGUUGCCGACGAGAACGCCUUCAGACUUCUCUACAAGAGAGACUACGAGUUGGCCACGCGUAACGACUUGACCGAGGAACAGAAGCUCGACAUUAUCGAGGAGUCCAAGUACAUUUUCCAGCAGAACGCCAAGUGUGUCAUUGAGUUGGAGCACCACAACUUGACCCGUAUCAAGAAGAAGUGGUCCUACUUCUUUGCCACCAGAGGCUACUACGUGGUGAUUGCGCUUUUCGCCAUCGCCGCCUUGUUGAUUCUUUCCAAGCUUGUUCACUCGCUCUACUAG